AUGGAUCGACAGCUAUCUGCUCAAUAUAAGGUAACCAAAGGUGGCGUUCCAACUAAUCAAGGAAUGCACAUAACGAAUCAUUUGUUGUUUGUGGAUGACCUCAAGAUCUUUGCGACCGGCAAGGAUAUCAUGAAAUCUAUGGCGAAAUCAGUUGAGAAAUUUCUUGAUGUAGCAGGGUUAGAAGUGAAUUCAGCAAAGUCAGCCACUAACACCGAAGUAUAUACUGAUAAGGAUAGGUUAAUAGCAGUCGAUACUGAGAAGAAACGAGAAUACGAUUUACUGGCUAAUAAACUCGGGGCAGAGCUGGAAUGCAGAACGAAAAUAAUUUCGUAUGUGAUAACUUGGAAUGGGUUAGUGACGAACUUCCGUAAACGUUGCGCGAAGGAAAUCAGUGUAUUUGAUCAUGUCGAGAAUAUCCUGUUGAUAGUGCUUAAGGAGAUGCUCGAAAGCAUCUCAUUUGAUCAGCACUGUGGAUUCGCCUAG